AUGGGAAAGCAGCUCAUUUCCUCAUUUCCCAACACCUGCAUCACUCCCCCAACCACUGAGUCCUACGAAGUGGCCUUCCUACGGGCUGCCAGGAACAUGAAAAAGGUCUUAGGCAAGCUGAGCAAAGGCCAUCCGGCCGGCAUCCUCCCCGAGAUGCCAAAUUAUCCCGCCCCGCGCACUCCUAGAGACCCAGGAGGAGAGGGCGGAGGUGCCUCCGUUGCCCCGCAUAGGGAGGAAGCUGACGUUAGCUCUCCCCACUUUCUUUCCAGCCCCCGCCUGCGAGCCACCCUGCGCCCUCCAGGACCCCGGACCGCCUCUCUUCCACAUCCCGAAGGGUUCCAGGAGGCGUCCCGACUCUUCUACUGCGAAGUGUGCGCUGCCCGUGACUGUAACCUCCCGCUGGAGUGCCCGAUUCAGGACUUGCAGGUGCCGGUGGGAGGCCAGGCUAUCUUCUCCUGCUCCGUGCCCUUCCCUAUUCCCUCGGAGCUGACCUACACCUGGCUGUUUGCGGGGAAUGUGAGUAUCCGGACCCGGGACCUCACCUAUUUUCGUGAGAUGCCUAGAGCACGGGGGAUGUUUGGGCGGAUCCGGCCCGUUCGGCCCCCCCACCGCGGGACUUUCAGCUGCCUGCUUACCCACGACCAGCAACCCCUGGCCAGGUUGUUCUUUUACAUAAAUGGUGAGGCCGAACCUGAGCCCGGGCGGGGGAGGGCCUUGUUCCAGAGGUGGAAGGUGAGGACCGCAGCCUGAGGGAGAGAAGGGCAGGCUCUCGCCCCGCCCCCGGUCUCUGUGUCCCCAGUGACUACCGGGAAAGCUCGGGGUGAAGCAGAGCUACAGACCUUGUUUCGGGAAGUGCUGAAGUCGGGAAUCUCCGAGGAGGGUUUUGCGAAACCCUUGAAGCCCAGCUUCCCCCAGCUGCUGACCCAGCCUGAGGCCCUGACACCUCGAAACCUGCUGCUGCUUGGACUGGCAGCUGGCCUGGGCACCAUGAGCCUCAUCCUCCUGGUGCUGUCGCUGAAUCUUUAUUUGGAUAAAGAGAGCUAGUGGGCCUCCAUCCCCUAUCCUCCACUCGCUCCAAUAAAGCUAUUUUCAAACUCAA